UCUCCCUCUCUCUCGCUCCACCUCUCUCUUCCAUUGACUUCUCUCUCUCUCUCUCUCUCUCAAACUGCUCUUCGAUGCUUAUGCCACCGUAUCACAGAAGAGAGAGAAAGAAGUAGAGAGAAAGAAGUAGGGUUAACUCUUUGUGGCAGUUCUCUUUUCUUCAGUGAUGGCGGAAGAAGAAGAAGAUUACAUGGGCGAUCUCUCUCAGUUUCUGCCCCCUGAAACCUCUCACCCUUCUCUCUCUAAAAUGAAACAGGUGGAAAAUAAGAGGCAUCCCAAGAGAGCUAUGAAUUGGCAGGAGAGAAGGAAGUUGAAGAGAGAGAAACAGCAGCAAGAAGGAGAUGAAGAGAUAUUGGCAAAGAGCAAAGAGGCGGUGCCAUCUUCCAACAUUGGGUUCAAAAUGCUUCAACAGAUGGGGUAUAAGCCUGGAGGAGCACUGGGAAAAAAAGGGCAAGGUAGAACUGAACCAGUCGGUCUUGAGAUAAAGAGGUCUCGAGCAGGUCUUGGUAGUGAAGACCCUCAAAAAUUGAAGGCUCAGAGAGAGAUAAUUAUAAUGGAAAGAACGAGAAGAAAAGAAGAGAGUUUAAUGGCAGAGUAUGGGGAUAGGCAAAAAAACUUGUGGAGAAACCGAAGUAUAUAUCGCGACUACAAGAAAGCUCAAGCUGCUUUGGGGCAGCUUGAAGGUACUGAUGUUUUAGAAUUAGAGAAGGGUAACAAUGAGGAAGAGAAAGAUGAGGAGAAGGAAGAAGAAGAAGAAGAGGUGAUCACUGAAGAGGACUUGCAAGAUAUAUUGAUGAAGCUGAGGGAUGAACACAAUUACUGCCUUUACUGUGGCUGUAAGUAUGAAUCGGGCGAGGCCCUAUUAUCUAAUUGCCCCGGAAUCGAGGAGGAUGACCAUUGAAUGCAAGCAUUGAGCUGGAUAUUUACACAGUACCAAUAUGAAUGUCAUUUGUAUUCCUUAUGGUUCUCUGAUAGAAGCCUUGUUGGCUGUUGCUUUGCUCUUUUUCGAUGAUGAUUAUGCGAACAGGAUUUAUGAAAAUUGAAGAAAAUGGUAGUCUUCUAUAGAUGAUAUGAAAUCCUGAACUUGGACAUGUUUAAAA